UCAUGACUUGGAGGUUUUACGGAUUUUUCGAUGUUCUCUAUGUCUCUAGUUUUUAUUUCAAAGUGUUGGAUCUUGGAGCACGUUUCUAUGAGAUUCCAAGUUGGUAGUCGAAACCCAAGUUGUAGGGCAACGAGGAGAGCAGUUUGAGUUUGUGGAAGGAGAUGAAGGCGGCCAUUGACAUUGACAAAGCCAAGGAGAAGCAUUGAUGUCUCUUUCAAGCUCCGUACUCUCUCCUUAUCUAUUAUUUAAAUCACUUAUUAUUGAGGCACUCUUUCUUUGCUGUUAAAAAAGAUUCCUCAUCUAACUUACUACUCUCACGGACCACUUCCAAGCUUCUUCCUAUAUAUGCUUUUUUAUAUUUUCAUUAAUCAGCUUUCUUCUUUUUCUAUAUAGCUGCUUUUAUACUCAUUAUUUCUCAGUUUCUUCUCAAAUGGGUCACUUCGUUAACCUUUUAGUUUUCCUGUCAUUUUCUCUAAGCUUCUGUUUGUUUCCUGGCACAGUAUCAGCUCAACUAAGACAAAAUUUCUAUGCUAAUUCUUGCUCAAAUGUAGAAGCGAUUGUUAGAGGUGAAGUGGCCAAGAAAUUCAGCCAAACUUUCGUCACAGUUCCUGCCACUCUCCGUCUCUUCUUCCAUGAUUGCUUUGUCCAGGGAUGUGAUGCUUCGGUUAUGAUUGCAUCUACCGGUAGCAACAAAGCUGAAAAAGAUCACCCUGAUAACCUGUCGUUAGCCGGAGAUGGAUUUGACACCGUCAUCAAAGCUAAAGCAGCGGUUGAUGCGGUUCCAAGUUGCAGAAAUAAGGUGUCUUGUGCUGAUAUCUUGGCUUUGGCUACCCGUGAUGUUAUUGCUAUGUCUGGUGGACCUUCUUAUGCUGUUGAAUUGGGGAGAUUGGAUGGGUUAAGCUCGACAGCUGCUAGUGUCAAUGGAAAGCUUCCUCACCCAACUUUCAACUUGAAUCAGCUUAAUUCGCUUUUUGCAGCAAAUGGACUCAGCCAAACUGACAUGAUUGCUCUAUCAGCGGCACACACUCUUGGAUUCUCACAUUGCGACAAGUUUUCCAACAGAAUAUACAAUUUUAGCCGUCAAAAUGCAGUGGACCCAACGCUCAAUAAGGACUAUGCUACUCAACUUCAACAAAUGUGCCCCAGGAAUGUGGACCCAAGGAUAGCCAUCAACAUGGACCCAAACACACCCAGGACAUUUGACAAUGUCUACUUCCAGAACUUGCAGAAAGGGCAGGGCCUUUUCACCUCCGACCAGGUUUUAUUCACGGACACAAGGUCUAGACCUACUGUAGACGCCUGGGCCUCCAACUCCCAGGCUUUUAACCAAGCCUUUAUUACUGCUAUGAGUAAGCUGGGUCGGCUAGGUGUCAAGACUGGGAGGAACGGCAACAUUCGUAGAAACUGUGCUGCCUUUAACUGAGAAAAAAAGUUGGGUUCUUGAAGCUGAAUUUUUGUUAUACAAAGACGUGUGUUAUUUAGUUUCUGGUAAGAUUUCUUGGUAUUGUAACGAGUUAGAGAAAGGGUUUGGAAUGAUUGAAUCGUAAAAGUCAAAUAAAUAGAUGAUGUGACAGUGACAGCAAACGUUGUUUGAGCCUAA